CAUUAUCCUGAAUGCAACGGAAAUACAUUCCGUAGUUGUCCAACCUGUGCGCGGAAAACAUGUGAACAUCGAGCCAUAACCAAGUUCGUAACGCGCGAAGUACAUGUCAAUAUUACAAUUGUUUUGAGUUCUGGAAGGUGAUAAAUAAGUGAGUGUUUUCUGUCGCUGUAACAACAAAUAUACCGUGUGUCCAUAACGUUCGUACAGUAGGCAUCUGUUUACAGUUGAUGGGAUAUGUCUCGCGAUAUCAGAUCUUUUUUCGCUCCGAAAAAGCUUGGUGAAGGAGAAACCUCUUUCAAGGAAAAAGUCUUGUCGAAAUCUAAGCAAAAGAAAAGAUUAAUUUUGUCGGACUCGGAUUCGGAUGAUGGCUCGAGCAAGCACCCAGAGGUCAAAGUUUCGAAAAAGAAAAAACUUUCCUUAAACAAGGGGAAGGAGAAAACAAAUGAAAAAACAUUAAAGCCAAUUAAAGUUUCAGACGUAUUUGGAAGUGAUCAUAUCAAAAGAUCAACGGAGAAAACAGUGCCUACACCAAGCAAACAGGUGGCAAAUAAAGUAACUGUGAAUGUAAAAACUAAGAGUAAUGAAGAUUCCCUUGAAGGUGAACUUAGUGUGCCUUGGGAUGAGUUCGAUGAGAUCGAAUCGAAGUAUUGGAGCACGGAUAGACAGCAUGCAGUGAAUGUUGACUCCUGCGAUAGCCCAAAGAAAAGUGGAGAAAAAAGACGCCAUGACCAAGAUCAACUAAAAAAGAAGGCUGCUUCAGAAAGUGAUGUGUCACCAACCAAGAAGAAGAAAGUAUCCACAGACGAAAACAGUUCGUCUAAGGUCACUGCUGACUCUUCCCUGGUCUCCCCUUCUAGUCGUUCUGCAGCAGUAAAUGACAACGCUCAGUGUAGUGGCACAGAGGAGGUGCAAGCUGAAAAAACACCUAAGGCAAAAAAGGUAAAAGAAAGGUCAGAUGAUAAUGCUGAUAGUAGUCAGAAAAGUAAGAAAGAGACACCUAAAACCUCAGAUCAAGGCGCUUUAUCAGUUGAAAAGAAGAUGGAGCAUGCAAUGAAUUAUAUAAGAUACCUUAACAGAGAAGGACCAAAGCAUCGUGGAAGUAAAGUAAUACCAGAAGGUUCACCAAACUGCUUGGAAGGGCUUGUGUUUGUUAUUACUGGUGUACUGGAUUCUCUGGAUAGAGAUGAAGCCACAGAACUAAUUAAGAAAUACGGAGGACGUGUAACGUCAUCACUCAGUCGUAAUACAAGUUACCUACUUGUUGGCGAAGACGCUGGACCAUCAAAGCUUGAAAAAGCAAAAUCAUUUAAUACAAAACAGCUAGAUGAGGAUGGAUUAUUAAACCUAGUUGUAGAACGAUCUACUGGAAGUGGACUUCAUAGCAGCUCUAAAGAAGACACAGGCAGAAAGGAUACAGAAAAAAAGUCUGGAAGAAAUCUAGCAAACAACAAUACUAAACCCUUAAACUGUGAUUCAAUGUCUGUUGUUUCUGUACUAAAAGUGAAAAGUAAUGAAGGUACUGUUCAUCACAUUCAUUCUGCACCAGCCAGCCUUAAAAAUUGUUCACAAAUGUCUAGUAGUCAGAAUAAUGGAAAUUUAAUGAUAAACUAUUCAACACCAUCAUUGUGGGUGGAGAAAUACCGACCAACAAGUUCAAAGCAGAUUAUAGGACAACAAGGAGAAAAGAGCGUAGUCAAGAAACUAAGUAAAUGGCUUGAAAAUUGGUACAAAAAUCGCACAGGUGGGAAAAAGUUUAAACCAAGCCCCUGGGCAAAAGAUGACGAUGGGAGCUUCUACAAAGCUGCUCUUAUUUCUGGUCCACCAGGAAUUGGGAAAACAACAGCAGCCCACCUUGUUUCUAAGGAACUAGGUUUCGAUAUUGUAGAGUUCAAUGCUUCAGACACAAGGUCAAAAAAGCUUUUACAAGAUGAAGUUACAGAACUUUUGUCUAGCAAGAGUCUGUAUGGUCUUUUCCAUGGAAAAGAUGGCCGUGUAGCACCUUCUGCUAAACAUGUGUUAAUAAUGGAUGAAGUAGAUGGAAUGGCUGGAAAUGAAGAUAGAGGAGGUAUUCAAGAAUUAAUUCAGUUGGUAAAAAGUACUCAUAUUCCAAUAAUAUGUAUUUGUAAUGACCGUAAUCAUCCAAAGAUUCGUAGCUUAGUAAAUUACUGCUUUGACUUGCGGGUACAAAAACCAAGACUUGAACAGAUACGAGGUGCUAUGAUGUCAGUUUGCUUUAAAGAAGGUUUGAAAAUUCCACCUGAUGCUCUAACUGAUGUUAUCACUUGUGCAAACCAAGAUAUUCGACAAGUUCUGAAUAAUUUGUCUAUGUGGUAUGUCAAUACAAAGAACUUGUCAUCAGAGGAAAUCAAAACUGAGGCACAAAAAUCAAAAAAAGAGUUUAAACUGGGACCUUGGGAUGUCCUCAGAAAGGUAUUUUCAGCUGAAGAACACAAGAAGAUGUCCAUACAUGAUAAAUCUGAUUUGUUUUUUUAUGAUUAUAACAUCAGUCCAUUAUUUGUACAAGAAAACUAUCUAAAUGUUGUCCCUGCUGCAGCAGCAGGUAAUAUUGGCAAGACACUGGAACUCAUUUCAGCAACUGCUGACAGUAUUAGUUAUGGGGACACAAUUGAAAAAGCAAUAAGAUCAAGAGGCUCGUGGAGUUUGCUGCCAAUGCAAGCAAUGUUCUCAAGUGUCUUUCCUGGUGACUAUAUGCAAGGUUAUAUUAAAAGUCAGAUUAACUUUCCCUCAUGGCUGGGCAAAAACUCGAGAUAUAAUAAAUUUGACAGACUCUCACAGGAACUUCAUGUUCAUAUGAGGCUUGCAAUAUCUGGAAGCAAGUUAGAUCUUGCAUUGGACUACCUUCCUUAUAUUAGGGAUGCAAUAGUAAAACCACUUAUUAGUGAAGGUGCACCUGGUGUUCCACAAGCCCUCAGUGUACUUAAGAAAUAUUACUUACUGCGAGAAGAUUUGGAAAGUUUGCUUGAAUUAUCGUCAUGGCCAGACCAGAGGGACCCUAUGUCAUUGGUGGACAGCAAAGUGAAAGCUGCUUUGACGAGAGCAUACAACAAGGAAGGCAUAAUGAUACCAUAUGCUGUGCACACUACUGUUAAGAAGAAGGCCGGGGCAUCAUUCAGCCAAGUGGAAGGUGCUGAAGGUGAAGAAACAUUAGAGGAUGUGGAAGAAGAAGAUGAAGAGACAGAUGACAUAAAGUCAGAUGCCAUGAUAAAAAUUGCUAAGAAGAAAACAGCAGCAGCAGAAUCAGCAUCAGGAACUUCUGAAAUAAAAAAGGGAAAGGGGAAAGGCAAAGGAAAACCAAAACAAAGUAAAUAAUUGUAGUGGGGUGUUUCUCACCCAGUCAAUCAUAUAAGACUUCUAGCGUAAUAUGGAAGAAAUCUAUUAUUUGAAUCAUCACAUUGUUACAUUAUUACAGUUAUUGCCUUAAACAUUAUGUUACAUGCUAACAUUGCAAAAAGCUUUGUACUUGAGAAUAACACAUUAGAUGGUUACUCCUUUUGUAUAUUAAAGACGUGAUUUUAAGGAGUAAGAAAAAUAUAAAUAUCGGUGUGGAAAUAUUCUAAAAAUUGCAGUUAUUUCUGGUGUUUCUGUGUUAUAUUUCAAGUUAAGUUGUUGGAAUUAUAAUUGCAAUGUACAGUUUUUGUUUUAUGUGAACUGAGUGACAACACUUAGAUGAAUGCAUGAAAAUUUUCCUUGUACUAUUUAUAAGUGAACAGAACAGGUAAACUAUUUUCAUGCCUUUUACAAAUUUAAAACUAACUUUGUUACUUAAAUUGUGUAACUUGUUUGUAAAACAUUUAUAUGUGAUAAGUUUGUGGUACUUUCCUUAGAUGAGGGAAAUUGCAGGUUCAUGACAGGUUAGGAGUGAUGCACAUAUGCUAUUCCUGAUUCACUUGAAGAAAUAUGUUAGAUUUGCCAUUUUUCCAAUCAUAUUUGGAGUGAAACUCAAUAUAUUUUAAUUUUUUUUAUUUUACUUUUGGAUUUGCACAUGGAUUUUAAACAACAUCCUUCAGUUAAAGUUUCCUUUCUCAGUUAUUUUGCGCAAUUUACCUAUCCUUGUGAUGUAUGUUUAAAUGUGUGCGCAUUCCUUAUUUAUUGGCAUUAGUUACCAUGUUUAUCCAUCUCAUGCACAAUAAAAUACUUUUGUAAAGUAAUUCCAGAAUUGUCUCAUUAGUGAAAGACUAGCUCAUUAUGUCAAGGAAUCUCCAGACCAAGCUUAGUAGCUACUGCAGUUUAAUGUUCCUGUAUACAUAAACCGUUGUUGAAAAGAUUUGAUGAGGAAAAAUUAUCACAGCCACUACGUGGCAAACUCAACCACAAUGACUGGAAUUUUUUUAUUUAUUUAUUUAUU